UGGUUAUACAAUAUUUAUUAUUGUUAAUAGCCCAUUAAAUUAUUUAAAUAUGCAAUAAAAUAAAACAAUCCAGUAUUUAGUUUAAUAGAGCUUUGUAUAAAGUAUAAUAAUGAACUGCCUAUGGAGACAGAGUGUCCAAAAAUGUAGACGUUUGGCCUACAUCAAAAAUAAUGUUGUUAAUUUACCUGUAAAUUUAGUUAAAUUCUGUUCAUUUCAACAAUCUUUACCAAAAACCCUUAAUCCAGCUCCAUGUGCGUUUUAUAACGUCGUACGAUACAAAUCUAAAAAGAGAGACUAUGACUCCGAUGAAGAAGAAUUUGAUGAGGGUGAUCACUCACUAUCAAAAGAUUCCAAAGUUAUGAAAAUUACUACAACAUCACUUAGGACUGAUGCUGUGCUAAAAUUAGCUCAUGGAGUUGCUAGAAAUAAGAUAGAACAACUCUUCUUUGAAAGUAAAAUUAGAGUAAAUGGGAAAAAAAUACUUAAGAAAAGUAGUCCGGUUAGGGUUGACUACGAAAUAGAUGUUAUAAAAGGUUACAGUCCUAAGAACCCUGAUCAUAUUAUAGUGUCUAGAAUUGAAGUUUUAGAUAUAGUUGCAAAAGAAGAAUCUAUUGUAAUAUCUGUUAGAAGGUUCAAAAAUUUGCUAAUAGAAAAUUAUGAAAAGGAUCCUUACAAAGCUAGUACACAAAGUGAAGAAACAACAUAAUAAUUCAUUGGUUAUAAUUGUAGAACAUUGAAACAUAAUUAUGUAAAAAUUAUUAUAAGGACACUUGUUUCAUG